AUUAAAGAGCUUGCUGCUUCUCAAUAAUGGCAAUGAUGAACACCAAGAUAGCUAUGCGAUUGGCCCUUCUCUGUGUUCUUGUCAAAAUCUCAGCAACUGAUUUAGUGCUUGACACCGAAGGUGAUGUGCUCCGCCCCGGCGUUUAAUAUUACGUUGUGUCAGCAACAUGGUGCGGUGGUGGCGGGUUAAAUAUAGGCCCGGGUAGAAAUCAAACCUGCCCAUAUGAUAUAAUCCAAGAAAAGUUUGACGACCGGCAAGGUAUUCCGGUGACAUUUUCUCCUAUGGAAACCACAGAUGAUUUCAUCCAUUUAUCAUCUAACCUGUUCAUCAAGUUCAUUCCUGAUCAGAAAACCCUACGUUGCUCCGAAUCAACGGUGUGGAAACUGGACAAGUUCGACGAAUCGGUUCACAAAUGGUUUUUGACAACCGGUGGGGUGGAAGGCGAUCCAAAUGCUUGGUGUAGUCGGUUUCAGAUUUGGAGCGGUGGGCCGGCUGGUACUUUCAUCUAUAAACUUGCUUUCUGUCCUUCGGUCUGUGACUCAUGCCAAGGUUGUUGCAUGGAGAUUGGAAAAUUUUCAUCUAAUUUACUUGACCUGCAACGUCUAGUUCUUAGCGACAAUGGAUGGCCGUUCAUGUUUGUCAAGGCUCGUGGUCGGGAUCUGAAACAUGUUGUCGAUGUCUGAAUUGUGUCCAACUCCUCGUAGCAGUUACAUUUGGAGGUUAAAAUAAAAGAUGAGGCUCUGAUGCUUUUGUCUUGUGUGAUUU